AAGAAGAAGCAGCAGCAGGAGAAGAAGAAAAAAGUUGUAUUAAAACAGAAACACGCCAUGUGGCAUCUACAGAUUUUAGAUGCGUUUCAGGUUGUUCUUUUUCUAAUAGUUUGAAUGAACGAUUAGACAGUUGUUAAUUCACUGCUGGUUUUCUGCCGAUAACCGGCAAUAGAGUGUAAAAAAGUGAGAAUCGUUCAGUUAUGCUUCUCACAUUUUGAACGUUUUUCGGUUUAAUUUUAAAAUGAAUGAAGCAGUAAUUGAAGCUGGUGGAUCUGGGGCUGAAGCUACAAGAUGGACGCAGGAAAACUUCCAGAAGCUCCUUGCUUCUCUGAAAGACACCCUCCCARAGGAUGACAAAACGAAGCCUUAUAAAAAAGGAUUGAAAGAUGUAGACUGGGAUAAAGUUGCAUUCCCCCCGUUUUCUGCAAGUGAAUGCCAGGAGAAAUGGAAGGGCUUGAUGUGCACGAUGCGCAGAUAUCGCACCCUUCCUGAGCUCCUUGAUGAAGCUCAAGAUUUGCUUUCAAACCCCUUCUGUGACAAAAAUAUUCACCCCGACAUCCCAAAGCCACCUGAUCCCCCAAAAAAGGCUUAUAUUAGGAGGUGUAUGUCCAGGUGGGCGAGGAAAAAUAAAGGGGCGAACGUGGUGUUGAUGAUAAAGGCCUUUUCCGAGGAGUAUGAAAAACUCUCAGACAAAACGAAAGCUGAAUAUGCAAAGAAGUACAGACUUGCGUUUGAGGAAUACUCCAGAAAGAUGCAGAAAUUUUGCAAAGAGAACAACCUGCAUGUUCGUAUGAAGAAGAAAAAAAAGAAAAAGAAAAGGGUCUCCCUUGAAUAUGUAGGUGGCUGUGAAUACGAAGAUUUUCCUCAGAAUCCACCUGGGCAUGGUUUUGAUCUGUUCAUCUUAGAAAACUCUGCAAGAGGCAGAMGAGGAGUGCCUUUACAUGGAGCGAGUUUUAUACAGAUUAUGAGUAAACGCUGGAAAAAACUGAGUGAAAAUGAGAAACAGGAGUACAAUAAACGCUGUGCAGAGAUGAAGAGAGAAUACGAAGCCAAGUUGAUACCAUAUCUGGAAGGGUUAGAUGAGGAGGAGAUGCAGCAGCUCAUCAAGGAAAAGGGAAUCAUAAUACCAAAGAAGACUUUGGAUCGACACAAGAUGCACCCUGGUGAGCCAAAGAUGCCCGCCCAAUCUGCGUUUAUAUAUUUUCACUUGGAUAUGUUGAAACGUGCCGAGAAAUCUAUGUCAAUGGAAGAGCGUUCUGAAAAGGCCACGGAAGAGUGGCACAGGCUCUCAGACACAGAGAGGAAUCAAUACGCUGAAAUAAUUGAGGAAAAUACGAGAAAAUACGCAGAAGAGCUCCAAGAGUGGUUCCAGACGCUGAGUCGAGAAGAGCAGAGGGAAUACUUGAGGAAAAAACCAGAUAAGAUUAUUUUUCUCCAGAAAUAUAUAGACGUCACAAGGGAGCCUCUUAAACCAUCUUCAGAUGAGACGACGAGUACAACGAAAGUAGCAACGAGAACAAGUGCAAGGUUGAGAGCGAAAAAGGAUGGCAACSUGUUCAAGGCGUAUCAUUGAUGACGAGUCCAGAUGGAGGAACCUCAACCAACUGGUUUCUGUGAUGGAUGCCAGGAAGAAAACGCCCCCCAGGAGGUUUACGGUGGUCCAUCCUGAGUGCUGAGAGGCGGAGCUGUGUUCACUUUCUGCAGGGGGGCAGAUGCAGAGCUGAAGUUCAUGCACUGAAAAAAAAAAUCUAAACGAUGCCACACAGAAAUCUUUGGCUUGAACUUUGCUUACAAUGUGUUACCUACUGCUGGACAUAAGAAUGCUUUGCAUAUUUUCAUGCAAUUCAUAAGGAAAAUGUUUUUUUAUUUGAAUUCCAUAAAGUUGAAGAGGUAGCUUUAAUGAAGCAUAWUUUUUUUUUCUAUUUUUAGAUGUUCCUCUCUUAACAGAUUUGUUUGUUGCUGCUUUAUGAGCCAGGAAAUAUGUGCCAAUAAAAGAAAAUAAAAUGUUUAUCUUG